UGCUUGGUUGUUUGUUGAAGGAGUGCUUCAAAGAAUCAGUUUUGCACUUUUCGUUGCAACUCACCCUCACCUUCUCUUCACCUCGCGACGUCUUCAUUAUUGGCAGUGUUCAGCUUCAUUCUUUUGCUGAACUCUCGCCGUCCGUUCUUUCCUUCCAGCCACAUCCCACCUUCGGUGACCCGCCUGGUGCCCAUCACUGCAUAUCCGCAGGAGCAGCUGGGACGGUGCGUUCGACGCGCACACGAAGCCUCUCCAGCCACCUUACUCCGAUAACACGAACACUCUGAACCUCUGAGGCCCAAGCAUCCAGAUCCGAGGAUCAAAGACAGCCCCGAGGAGUGCAGCCCUCGUCGCAGUACCCAGACUCCGAUCUCCGACCACGCCUGACAUCAGCCUCAUCCCUUAGGUCUAUAUUCGUGCGCGCGUCCUUGAGGGACGCCUUAUAGGCCUCGACUACGGCUGCAAGCAAAUAAUGGAUUCUCCAAAACCCUACACUAUUCACAACCGUCGCGAUUCUUCAGACUUGAUGGACUCUAACGGACCGUACUCAGGCUCCAUGGGUCAUCUAUUGUUUGUCUUCUUCAGUCUUCUGUUGCUAGCCUCGCUGUGCUCGCUAGCCUUAUUCAUCCUGCGCCGGAAGCGGCUCGCUAAGAAGCAAAGCAUGCUACCAACAUACCACCCUGCUGCCUCGCACCAUCGCUCUCCGUCAGUCAGCAACUUCAACACCAGCAAAAAAGAAUCCAUAUUUGUCUACGAUGAAAAGAUGAAUCUCAUUCACAACUCUUCAAGUCCACCUACAACGCCCGUCCCAGAGAUCCACAUCACCUUCCCCGACGAAGAGGGCAAUGCUGGCAGCAUGAAAAAGGGCCGUGUUGUCAUUGUCCACGUCACGGACUCUGGAAGUGUUGGCAUGGAACCCGUCGGUCAGGAGAAACUCCCGCCCUAUCAACAAGAAGAUGCCGACCGCUUUCAAUCGCUCGACCUAGAGAGAAUAGGCGGAUUGAAAGAAAAGGAGUCAUUGGACAAGCGCUGGUCAUGAUCAGCCCCUAUGCUUGCUUUCCGCGAUUGGGAACUGAUGCUGUAGGCAUCCUCCCUAACGGCACUGAGCCAUUUGGCAUAUCUCUGCCUACUACGACGAGACAUUGAAUACAGCUCGGCUGGACAUAUUCUUGGGGCGGAUCAGCCUUUCUCGACGCUCUCUGCGCGUUACUCCACGAUGAUGGUGUGAACCUUUAAUAAUUAUGGGCGGGCAGUGUUUAUUAGGCCCCGACUAGGCUGGAGUUUGUACAUAUUGUAUAUUGAGACGAGGUAUUGAUCAAAUCAGUGACAGGCAAUUCUUGAGCACGAAAUGUCGACUGGUCAAGCCUUCCAGUCCAUAGAAAAUUCCGUGAGUGUCUGGAGGUAUUCCUCCUCAUAGCUAAGCGAAGGCACUCUUGCAGAAGCCGAGCUCUUGAUGACCACGGCAAUCCCUUCCCUUGCUUCUCUCCACACCGCAAUAUUCAUCGUUCU